CCCUGACCAAGGUAGAAUGACUGAUUAAAGAAACGAAACAUUGCUUCUUUUAAAGUGUUUUUAUUUCUUUUUCCGUAUCCAAAGUCAAUUAUUUCUGCCUCUAAGAAACGGUUUCAUUUCUUCGGUUAACUCUCGGCUGCAAGGUCUUUUUCAAGAAUGGAAAAACCACCUUUUAAACAGGUUCAGACAUGUGGACCCUGGGAUCUAAAGGAGCGCCUCGGAACUGGAGGAUUUGGACAUGUUUAUAUGUACGAACAUAAGAACACUGGAGAAAGAAUUGCAGUUAAAGCCUGCCGUUUGGAGUUGAGCACAAGAAACAAAGAAAGGUGGUGCCAUGAAAUUCAAAUUAUGAAAAAGUUAAACAACUCAAAUGUUGUAACGGCAUGUGAAGUUCCAGAAGAAAUGCAGGAUAUUGCAUUUAAUGAUGUCCCUCUUCUUGUGAUGGAAUACUGUACCGGAGGUGACUUACGUAAGGUGUUAAAUAAGCCUGAGAAUUGCUGUGGACUUAAAGAGAGUCAAGUACUUAGCAUUUUACAAGAUGUUGGUUCUGGAAUCCAGUAUUUACAUGAUAACCGAAUUAUCCAUAGAGAUCUCAAACCUGAGAACAUUGUAUUGCAAGAAACCAAUGGCAAGUUAAUACACAAAAUAAUUGACUUGGGCUAUGCGAAGGACCUGGACCAAGGAAGCCUUUGCACCUCUUUUGUUGGGACACUGCAAUACCUGGCACCAGAACUAUUUGAAUCUCAACCUUACACAGUCACUGUAGACUACUGGAGCUUUGGAACAUUAGUGUUUGAGUGCAUCUCAGGAUUUCGACCGUUUUUACACAAUAUGCAACCUUUCCAAUGGCACGGCAAAGUUAAAAUCAAAGGCCCAAAUGAUAUUAUGGCUGUUGAAGAGAUGAAUGGUGAAGUAAAGUACUCCCAAAACUUACCACAGCCCAAUGGACUGAGCAGCCUCAUGGUAAAACCACUGGAGACAUGGCUACAGUUGAUGCUCGGUUGGGAUCCAAAACUGCGAGGUGGCAAAAUAGAACCACAGACAAAUCGACCAGCAUGUUUUUUACUUCUAGAUCAAAUUUUAAGUCAGAAGUAUGUACAUAUAUUAAAUAUGACUUCAGCCCACAUCCAUUCCUUUCUGAUCAAAUCUGAUGAAAGCCUCCAUUCCCUUCAACUGCGUAUUGAAACUGAAACAUCAAUAUCUCCUGCAAAUCAAGAGUUGCUUCUAGAAACUGGAAUUUCAUUGGAUCCACGUAAACCGGCCAAUCAAUGUGUGCUGGAUGUGAGAGGCUGGGAUAGCUACAUGGUCUAUCUAUUUGAUAAAAGUAGCACUGUCUAUGAAGGACCCUUUGUUGCCAGAAAAUUGCCAGAGCAUGUCAGUUAUGUUGUGCGGGAUGCUAAGAUAAUGUUGCCUAAUGUGCAACUGAGGAAGGUAUGGGGUGAAGCUGUGAAUUAUGUCUGUGGAUUGAAGGAGGAUUACAGCAGACUUUUCCAGGGACAAAGAGCUGCAAUGUUGAGUCUCCUUCGUUACAACAAUAACCUUACAAAAAUGAAGACAACCAUGUUUUCCAAUUCUCAGCAGUUGAAAGCCAAGUUGGACUUUUUUCAGUCAAGCAUUAGACUUGAUCUGGAAAAAUACAGUGAACAAAUGGCAUAUGGAAUAUCUUCAGAGAAGAUGUUGAAAGCAUGGAAAGAAAUGGAAGAAAAGGCAGAAGCUUGUAAACAAGCUGCUGAAAUUGGUCAUUUAGAAGAACAGAUCGUGGGACUACACAGUGAAAUAGUGGAACUGCAGAGGAGCCCAUAUGCAAGGCGUCAGGGAGAUGUGAUGGAAAAUCUAGAACAGAAAGCCAUUGAUUUAUACAGGAAGCUCAAGGGAAAACCAAAAGAUUCACAUCAAUAUGGAGACAGCACAGAAAUGGUGAAGAUCAUUGUUCAGACUGUGCAGAGUCAAGAUCGGGUGCUAAAGGAGUUAUAUGCCCAUCUCAGUAAACUUCUGGCCUGCAAACAGAAAAUCAUUGAUCUUUUUCCCAACAUUGAACAAGCGCUUGACAACAUUAGAGAAAAUGAAAAAAUGUUGUUGCGCUCGCAAGAAAAGAGGCAGAAAGAAAUAUGGUAUUUGUUAAAAAUUGCUUGUAGCACAGCUCGAGGCCCUGAAAGUGCAAGCCCGGUGUCUUCUGGUUCACCCCAUGGUUUAGGAUGGACACAACAAGGGCAGAAUUCUAUGCCACAAAAUGCUUUACCGAACCCUUUGUCUUCUAUACCUGUAAUGAAAAACAGUGAAUCUUCAAUAUCCGUAAUUGAAGAGAAUCAACAUUUCUGCAGCCAGUUGCACAAUUUGAUGCGGGAAACUCUAUUAGAACAGAAUAAUAGUAUAUCGUCUCUUGAUUGGAGCUGGCUUGAAGAAAUGAUAUCAGACAGACUCUGAAAUACAUAUUUUGGCAUGGCAGUUGAUUUCUUGAGCCCCGAACACCAGAAGACUUUGAAUCAGUGUUCAUUUGCUGUUGUGCACACUAUGAAGUAAAAUCCUAUUUCUGGACCCUGGAAACACAAUCCUCCUGUGCUUCAUGUCUCUUGAGACUUUAACUGCAUUUAAAGAAAGUACCACACCUGCACAUGAUUCUGCUUGUUGCAUUUAUCAUUACCCAUUUUUAUGCUACAGUUAAGGUAACAUUUUAGGUAAAAUCCUGUUAGAUAUUGAAUAAAAACAGAAAUUCAGAAAUAUGCAAGUUUGUCAGCAGUUGAAAAGAUCAAAAGGCGCUUUUACAAUUUAAGCGGUCAUUGAAAUUGAAGGGCCUACAACUUAACUACCACACUUUUUAUGAAUCACUUGCUAUGGGACCUGUUGUGUCUCUCCAGGAUUUAUGGGAUUGUUUUAUUUUGCUUGUUUACUUACAUCUAUUUAUUUAGAAGAGGUAAGAGUAAAAAAUGUUGUCCAAAUUUUUCUCUUCAUUACGUAUGGAAAGGGAAAUAAUUCCGAAUAAUCGGUUGAACAUUUUGAUUAUUGCAUAUUAUCUACAUGCAGACCUUUCUGGCAUCUAUGUAGCCAUAUCCAUUGAAAUCCAGCUGCCUUUUAUACGAUUCAGAGAGUGUCCCCCUGUACCUUGAGGUAGUUCAGGAGGCCAUGACUUGAGUAGUUAAAGAUUCUUGGAGCCUCCGAGAGUUGGAUGGUUAACGACUACAGUAAUAGCAGAGUUUUGUGGUGUUCUCGAUUCUUAGCAUGUCUGAAGUUGUGCAUCCUGCAUGAUGGCAUUCCCACCCGGUGACAUAGACACUGCAAUCGACCCUGGAGUAAGAACCAACUGCAGGUUUCAAAAUUAAUUUUCUCUUGACAUCAAAUGAAAUUCUCCUGGCUGUUAGUUAAUUCAGUCAAAAUACAGCCUGCAGGUUUUUCUGUUCCUUCAGUUUCAAUGUCUGAAAAGCAACUACAGGUAGUCUUGAAUUUCACUGUUUAGAAGCUACGUUAAUUUCAAGGAACUGUAUUUCACAACAAAAUACUGAAAUGUUUGAAACAUGGUAUAUAGUUGUCUGAAAACAGCUAUGUGUCUGUAGAAACCAAUUUUAAAAUCUUAUGCAUGUCUCUAAUAUUUCACUGACUGCCACUUAGAAAAGAUUCUAAGCAACUAUCAUGUCCAAUAAUAUAUUGUCACAAUCUCUGACUUUUCUAGAUGAAGGAUUAUGAUAUGUAACUGAAAUAACUCCAUGAAGGCUGGUCACUAAGUCACCCUUUAUUUACACGUGCGUAGUAUGUGACACUGAUCCAGCCAGCUCUGAGAAUAAACAGAACCCCGACACUCCUGUUUAUAUCUGUCAGCCAGGACUUCCUGACGGGUGGUGUUAACCUGGUCCAAUCAGGGAACUCGUUUUCAAUAAGGUUCUCCUGACUGACCUUAUUCCAAUCACUACAAUAAAUGAGUUUCUACUUGUAGAAGAUCUUAAGACUAAGUAUGCCAAUGAAAAUGGCAUUUGUUUUAUGGUUUUUAUAAAUUUGAUAACAUGCCUACCUGUCUGUGGUAAGUUUGAAGCUUGUUUUUUGGUCCAAACUGGUUGUGUUAACCCAAUUCUAAUUUUAGCUUUUAAAAUUUUGAAGAGUGGGUACAAUGUUUUUAAGUUGUCUUCAAUGUUUGGUGACGGGGAGCCAUCAUUUGAAAGUUUAACAAAUAUUUUGUUUGUUUCAUGAUUAUAGCCAAAAAUGGUAGGGAAAAAUAUUACCAAUUACUGAGCUUGGUGGGUAUUGUGGAAAUGAGAACAGAACAACAGAACUGGAAAUAAGGAAACCUUGAAAGAUUUCAAUCAAAGUUCAAAUAAAAUUAAAUAUUUAGAGAAUAUGCAAAUCUGUCCCACUGAAUAAAUUUUCUUUCUUUAUUUCUUUUCAAAUUUAGAAAACUAUUUGAAUAAUGCUUUCUUUAUUGUCAAGUUUUCCAGUUUUCCAGUAAUGUGACUGGAAAAUUGGAGGCUCGUCUAUCUGAUUUGAGUGGUAAAAUUCACUAUUUUUUUUGUCUGAGGAAAAUACUGUUCUUAAUGGUUGUUUUAAUUCCCCGGAAAGUUUACAUUGUUAAUUUAUUUUGUCUACUCUGAAAUUGCUAAAAUAGAGAAUACAGAUAUUACAGGAUCAUUGUUUUUACAUUUCUGAUUUUUUAAAAUCUCUUUGAAUGGAUAGAUCUAAGUUCCUCCUAAUAUCUUGGAAUUUGAUUAACUGUUUCUUGCAGUAUAAUUACUUCCGGGCAAAACUUAGGUCUACUUAAGGUUAAUUUAUGCAAAUUGAUCUAAGGAUUAAAAGAAAAAUGCACAGACAUAUAUAAAGGAUGGAACUCUUUUUAAAGAAUAUUUUCCAUAGCUUCUUUCCUUGACUUUGUGGACCAAGCAUUUUUUUUGCUAAAGGUGUAAAGAAUAGUUUCAGCAGUUCUCUGAUGUUAUUUCAAAACUGGUUGAUGACCAAAUUUGGCUGAAAAGGGAUUGCUGACCCUCUUUGGCCCUUGAAAAUGAAUCUGGCUUUCACAGUAUAACUGAAAUUAGCAGGUUGAUUUUUGAAAUUUUGGAACUUACACCUAUAUAUUUGAUUCACAGCACUGACCUUUCAACAUACUUCACAAACCUGAGCUGGCUCUAACUAACGCUGAACCCUUUAAUCAAUUUUAAGUGACCUGUUUCGUCAACGAUUAUGUUAAAACUGCUAAAAUAGUUUUAUGACCAACUGUGAAAUGGCUUCUUGCACUGUAACAGUUCACGUAUUUUUGUUCUGAAUUGACAAAUAUAAAUUGAGGUUAUAACUACACAGCAAGAGCUGCAAGUAUCUCUGGUUGUGAUUUUGGAGAAGUAGUAAUUCCUACAAAGCAAAUUACUGAUCAUUGAAAAUUUCUUUUUUUUUUCAAGUCAAAUAAAUGGAGAACAUCUGCAUGCCCAAAAUAUUUUAUGUUCUCUUGCAAAAUAAUGGUGCCUACUUUGAGUCAAUUGUAAUUGUCCAGCAUGGCAUAAUUAUCUGUCCCUUUUGAUUUUUGAUGUUAGUUUGGUAUAAAUGGGAAAUUACUGCUUAUGUCAUCUUUUGCAUAUUUCCAGUGUAGUGCUGGUUGAGACUGAAACAGUUAUGAAAUUCAAGUUAGGACUUUAUACAAAAAUGUUCAUUACAAUCCCUCACAAAUUGAUUUGCUUUUCUGAUUUCUUAGUACCUGUGACUAUAAAUGGUUCAUUUCAUUUUGUAAAGCAGUCACAUUCAUGUGUACAUGUCUACAAUGGUUGAGUGGAAAAAAAACUUCUUACUCAGGCAUAGACCACCCUAAACAUCCUAUAUGAACCAAGACUGCACAGAGAUACUACAAUAAAUACUGAGAUGAAUUGGAAAUACAUUUUAACACUUAGAUUUUAUGUAGUAAAUAUACAAAAUCAGGAGAGAGUUCAUGAGAAAACAACAAGUCUUUCUUAUAACCAACAGUUCUGCUGUCAGUCAUGUAUCGUACAUUUUCCAGUUAUAAUCCUAUGGCAGCAUUGAUUGCACUUUUAAAAUGUAAUAUUAUUUGAAUUUUGUUUGUUAUAUAAAUUUCUUUCACAAAAUAUUGUCAGUAAUAUGUUAGACAAUGGAUUUGUAUCCACCACUUUUUUAUUGAUGAUGAAAAUGUUGAUUUGUGAACUUUAUGCAUAUAUUUUUGCCCAAUAUUAGGUAAUACAGAAGCAUGUUUUUCUUCUUCUGUCGGCUAUUGUGUGAUUGCAUUCAUUUUUAAUUAAUGCUAAAGCAUUUAUUUUAAAUUAAAAUAAUCAUAAAAUUCUAUUCUGUUUUUGAUGUAAUCACUUAUUCAAAUUUCUGUCGUAAUUGAAUGUAAGGAAUAGACAUGAAUAUCUACAGAUAAAAUGCAGAAAAAGUAAAACUCAACUUAAAUUUAAGUUCCUGUACAUAAUUGUUCAUGGUAAAUGUUAUUUUUUUA